UCACUCUGAAACGAUAAAAUCAAAAAGGUUUCCGCAAAAAACGAACUGCCGUCGUGCAUCGGGACGGGAAAAGGCAUCAAGGGGAGAGGGCCAUGGCGGCGGAAGACAAGACUUCGGCCGUCAGGGGUUUGGGGGAUAGGUGCAUGCACGGUGUCAUCACCAUCGACAACCGAUUCGGCAGCUUCGCCGCCAUCUACCGCCGGGGAUUCAACGUCAUGGUCAAGACUAAAGAGCUCGACCCGUUGACUUUUGCGGACUUCAAUUGGAUGCCCCUUCCCUGGUCCGGUCGAUUGCCGAAACCGCAUUGCAACGUGCUCAUGGCACAAUUGCGGGACUACUUGCACACUGCAGUACCARCUCCGUUGAUGGACGCCGGAGUAGAGGUUGUCGACCUUCACGCCUACAUUGCAAAGAUCGACCGCGAGUUCAAGACGCGACGGUACGACGACAUCGACGCACCAUUGCUAUACAUACGCAUUCAGAUCAGAGAGGCGACCUGCAACGUUUUGAUCGAUUGCGGAAGCACUCGCAACUAUAUGGGCCACAGAUUUCUGGUGCGCAAUGGCUUGGGGCCACGCGUUCAGAGGAAGUCGCAGCCCAAGCGAGUUUCAGUAUUGAUGAUGGCGUCAUCUGUGACGUGGCUCACCUGCAUUGUGUGCUGCCAUGCCUUACUGGCAGUACUUGCUGGUGACAUCGAAGCAUGGGGUGGAGGUCGUCUAUUCAUUGACAGGACAUGGUCAAGCCUUAGGGAAAUUGCGACCCAGAUCGGUCUCAGUAUCACUGUCAUUGCAUGGGCCCUCAAUCUGCUUCGUCCGUUAACAACCCCCGCUUACCGUGGUUGGGAUGGCAGAUUGAGCUCAGCCUGGGAUUUUGAGCUGGCGACAUACUUUCUGGGCUGGUUAGCCUACAACGCCAUUGACACUGCAUCCCUACUUACGAUCAAUUCUCUCUGGCUGGGACCGUCGCGGCCACCUCUGCGGCUAGGCAUUCUUGCUGCAUGGGCUUUUGCAUUUUCGUCACUCCUCGGCAAAGCUCCGGGAUGGAGUUACCAAGAUACACAAAUGGCUGGCCGGUAUUGGCUCACUCUCCUGAGCCAGGUCGUAUCUUUUUACUUUGCAGCAGUCGUCAACUACUCGGGAAGAGACCUUACUGUCAUGUGUUACCUUGGCCUCUCUUCAUCAUUGCUGUACUGCGUGCGUAUUAUAAGUUUGUAUGAUCUGCGUGAGGAGAACGCGAGGAGAGUAAUCGAAGACUUGGACUGGUUUGAGCACUGGUCGGGAUACCAGGAGGAAUGCCAGGGAGUCCAUGAGUUUGUGAGCAAGAUUGAGGAUCCGCCCAAAGUGGAUUGGCAUCAGGUGGAAGCCCKMGCUGUGAUUAUUCGUAGCCUUUGUAAGAAGCAUGGUGACAUUACUUUCCUCGGCUGGGGGUUUCACAAGUGGAGGAUGAGCGACUUCAACGUCUGCAYUUUGGAAGCGCUGGAAAAGCAAGCAAUGUGGUCAAGAUAUGUGUUGGCAUGGUGGCACGCACGUAGGGGAAGCAUCUACAUGCCCAGCGCGACAAAAAUGAAGGUCUGUCUCGCCUGGUCUCUUGUGAGUUGGCCCGUGCUGGUCGCUUGUGGGCUACUGGCAGACACUGUCGACACCAUACUUGUCGCUGCCUUUCUGGUCUUCUGGCAAAGUCUGCUACUGCAUCUGACUCUGCAAAUCUGGUGGCAGGAGAAUAACCUGGCAAAUCUCAGCCCAGAGAGAACUCCUAUAAACGCAGAGAGACCUGGCACCCUUGACGAGUUUGGAGGAGUGCAGAAGCUGGUGCUUCAGAACCAUUUGCGAGUUGCAGCCGACUUGACUGCACUUCUGCAGAGAGCUCUACAUACACAUAGCCUGGAUUGUGUCCCCUCAUUUGACUAUGGCAUACCUUACCUUCUGAAGUCCAGGAUGGUGAGCCGUCAAACGAACAAGAUCAAGGCAGUCGUGCAGUUGCUCCAUAGCAGUGGCGAUGCAAUCAGAUGUGAUAACGAUGGUGCCAUGUGUCUCAUCGGCAUGUGGUCCAUGGUGGAUCCCCCCUACAAACCUGGAUUUCCAGAGCGCCGGGCUAUUGAGCUCGCUACUAAGGCUGCAAGGAGUAGGGGUAGGUGUUGUACUCACAGUUGUCCUCAAUCCCAGUGCUUUGAGCCACUUGUGCAGCUAGCAGUGGCUGUGUGGACACACGUGAAGAUUCUCAAUGAACCCAAGUAUAGCCGAGGUCCUUGGAUGACGGAAAACGAAGAUGUUUUUUGUCACAUGGAGGAACACCCUUUCCACAGUGGGGCGGCCAUUGAGUGGGAGUCGGAAGCAGAGCCAUGGUCAAUGCAGGACUGUCCGCAGGUUGGUGAAACUCUGCAUGCCUUGCUGUGUGACAUUGCCAAUAUGUUACAAAGGCUCUCACUGGUUGAGAAUGAAGAGGAGGCAGAGAGGGAGGAGUGGAUGGUAGUCAUGGCCCUGCUAAUGGAUCAGGGGUCAUGCUAAUCUUCUUUGUAUCGUUCCAAUUUGAAUGGAUGUCCCAAAGGACGUCAUACCCACGGUCUUGAGAAACCUCUGUAUAUCAUUUCAAGU